AUGUCCAUUCGUGAAGAAGUGCCCGGUUUCCUUCAAGUCCUGUCUGACGGAUCUGUCAAGCGCUUCGUGCCCGAAAUCGCCCCGCCCUCGACUGAUUCUUCCCUUGGGUAUUUCUCAAAGGAUGUGACGAUCGACCCGUCCAAACCAAUAACUGCAAGAAUUUUUAUCCCCAAUGCUCCUCCUACUUCCUUAGCCCGCCUCCCCGUCCUAGCCUAUUUCCACGGCGGCGGCUUCUGCAUUGGCUCCACAACAUGGCUAGGCUACCACCAUUUUCGGGACUUCUGUCUCGCGUCCCAGUGCAUUGUCCUCUCGGUGGACUACCGACUGGCGCCCGAGAACCGCCUUCCUGUUGCCUAUGAAGACUGUUACGCCUCCCUGGAGUGGCUAAGCCGCUCUAAAGGCACCGACCCUUGGCUCGAGCGAGCCGACCUCUCCCGCCUGUUUUUGUCCGGAGACAGCGCCGGGGCAAACAUAGCUCACCACAUGGCGAUCAGGGCGCUGCAGGAUGCCGCCUGCCCCGUGUCAAUCGUGGGGUUGAUGUCGAUACAUCCGUACUUUGGCAGCGAGAGAAGGACCAAGAUGGAAUUAGCAGAUGGAGGAGGCAAAAGCGUCAGCACAAACGACUUGUUCUGGAGACUGAGCAUACCGGAAGGCUCAGACCGCGACUAUCCCGGGUGCAACUUCGAGAUGGCGAGAAUGUCGGCCGAGGAGUGGCGGCGGUUCCCCGCGGUGGUGGUUCACGUGGCGGAGCUGGAUUUUCUCAAGGAGAGGGGGGUGAAGUAUGCAGAGUUCCUGAAGGGGCAAGGAGUGAAGGAGGUGGAGCUGGUGGAGGCUAAGGGGGAGCAACAUGUUUAUCAUGUGUUUCAUCCUAAAUCUGAGGCCACUUCUUUGCUCCAUAAGCAAAUGAUUCACUUCAUGAAGCGAUUUUAG